GGACACGUUCGGCGCCAUGACCGGGCUGUACGGCGCCAUCCAGCCCGCGGACUCCGUGUCCCUCAGCACCCGCACGCACGGCGCCGUCUUCAACCUCGAGUACUCGCCCGACGGGUCAGUGCUGACGGUCGCCUGUGAACAGACUGAAGUCCUGCUCUUUGACCCAAUAUCUUCAAAGCACAUCAAGACUCUCUCUGAAGCUCAUGAGGACUGUGUAAAUAACAUCAGGUUCCUGGACAACCGGCUGUUUGCCACCUGCUCCGACGACACCACCAUCGCUCUCUGGGACCUGAGGAAGCUCAACACCAAAGUGUGCACCCUGCACGGCCACACCAGCUGGGUCAAGAACAUCGAGUACGACACCAACACCAGGCUGCUGGUGACCUCGGGCUUUGAUGGCAACGUCAUCAUCUGGGACACCAACAGGUGCACAGAGGAUGGAUGUCCCCACAAGAAGUUUUUCCACACCCGUUUUCUGAUGCGGAUGAGGCUGACACCAGACUGUUCCAAAAUGCUGAUCUCCACCUCCUCUGGUUACCUUCUGAUUUUGCACGACCUUGAUCUAAACAAGUCUUUGGAGGUUGGCAGCUACCCGAUUUUAAGAGCCCGGAGGACCACAUCGAGCUCAGACAUAUCGUCGUCAGGCUCCUCUGGCCCUCGAGCUGUGGGCUCGCCCUGUCACCAGAACAACUCAGGGCCGCUCUCUGAGAAAACCCUGUCACGGCCCUCGCAGCGAGAAGGGGGAUCACCCAGAAAUAGCCUGGAGGUGUUAACACCAGAGGUUCCUGGAGAAAGAGAUCGUGGGAACUGCAUCACGUCACUGCAGCUGCACCCCAAGGGCUGGGCCACACUGCUGCGGUGCUCCAGCAACACAGAUGACCAGGAGUGGACUUGUGUCUAUGAAUUCCAGGAAGGAGCCCCGGUGCGCCCCGUGUCCCCGCGCUGCUCCCUGCGCCUGACUCACUGCAUCGAGGAGGCCAACGUGGGCCGGGGCUACAUCAAGGAGCUGUGCUUCAGCCCCGACGGCCGCAUGAUCUCCUCGCCGCACGGCUUCGGCAUCCGCCUGCUGGGCUUCGACGCGCACUGCAGCGAGCUGGUGGACUGCCUGCCGCGGGAGGCCAGCCCCCUGCGCGAGAUCCGCUCGCUCUACUCCCACAACGACGUGGUGCUCACCACCAAGUUCUCGCCCACGCACUGUCAGAUCGCCUCGGGGUGCCUUAGCGGACGCGUCUCGCUCUACCAGCCAAAGUUCUAGCGGCAGCAGCGGCGCCUGCUCCUGGGUUUGGCUGCAGCUCGGGGCAGGUGUGCUCCCUCCGAAAUCUCCGAGCUCAGAGGAGGUCACCGUGACCUGGGGACGUGGAGGUGGAAGGA